AUGGAGCUCCUCUUGUUGGUGGGAGGCAGAGGCACGGUUGAUGGCGAUCUGACUGAGGUGGCGACUGGCAACGUAGAUCUGGACCAUUUAGUUGGAGAACUCCUUGGAGAUCUUACGCUCCACGUGGGUGUGGAUGGCAGAGAUGAGGUGGAGGGGCAUACGACGGAGGGUGGGAUGGGGGAGGCAUCGUGGAAGUCGCGCUUGACGACGUCGAUGGCACAAAGGAAGUCUAAAAGAAGAUUCUUUGUAUUUACGGGGAUUCUUAAAAUCUCAAAAUUUCAAAUUUCAAAUUUCGUUAAUAAACCAAGCAGUGGUAGGUUCAAAAUCCAGCCACCCUUUGCAGCGAACAGAAAUAAGAGGAGAAGGAUGGUGUCCGACUCCGAGCCACAUCUGAGCGGCGUAGUUGCCGCCGCCGACGGCCCUGACCGAUUCAGCCUCCUCCCGGACUGCCUUCUCGUCUCCAUCCUUUCCCUCCUCCCCAUCGAAGACUCCGUCCGGACCAGCAUCCUCUCCACCAGGUGGCGCCACCUCUGGACCCUCUCCCCCAUCCGCCUCCUCGACGACUCCGGCCUCCGCAGGCUCCACCAGGACCAGGAGGAAGGGAUCCCUCUGGAUGGCUGGCGCGUCCGCGCCAUCGACCGCGUCCUCUCCGCCCACGCCGGCCCCAUCCGGAGCUGCCGCAUCUCCUGCCUCUACUUCCGCUUCCCCCUCUUCGACGGCUGGAUCCAAACCCUAAGCCAGAAGGGCGUCCAAGAUCUCGCUCUCCGCAUCCCCAUGGAGAGGCGCUUCUACGUCGUGCCCCCUUCCCUCAUCACAUGCCCAUCCCUCCAGUCCCUGGACUUGUGCUACUGCCGUUUCCCGAAUCCCACUCACCCUCGCCCCGAUCUUGUUAAUCUCCGAGCUCUGAAGCUGAACCGGAGUCUCGUGACGGAUGCCGCCGUCCAUGAGAUUGUCUCCAGCUGCCCGGCUUUGCGGAGCUUGGCUUUGGUGCAUUGCGCUGGCCUCCGGCGCAUCCAUCUCCGCUCCCGGACCCUCUGCAGCAUGAUACUGGAUGAUUACGCGCUGGAGGUCGAAGAGGUCUUCGUUGUCGAUGCCCCCAAUCUCGAGUCUCUGAUGCUUGGUAAGAGCACGACGGCGAGGACGCACGUAAAAGUUCGCAAUGCGCCCAAGCUGCAGCUUCUGGGCUUUGUUGAUAUGAACAUCAAGAUGCUCGAGUUGGGAAACACUCGGUUUCAGGAAAGCAAGCUUAAUAUAUUGAGUACUUUGGUGCAUGGUCUGAAAAAGCUAGCCGUUAGGGUGAACUUUCAUGACGACCUUCAGGCACAUACUCUUUGUGACCUGCUCAGAUGCUUCCCUUGCCUGGAAACAUUGGAUGUUUGGAUUGUUGGCAUGGAUAACUAUGACGAGCCGGAUUUGGAGAACUGGGAGCAGCAAGGUUCAUUUGAUUGUCUUGAUCAUCAUCUGAAAGGUGUGACACUUAAGGGUUUUUUGGGACAGAGAGCUGAUUUGGGAUUUGCUAACUUUCUUAUUGAAAAAGCACGGGUGCUUAAGGUGAUGACUCUUAUUUCUGUACAUGCUUGGAAAGAGGGAUGGGUAGAAACGAAACAACAAGAUCUGUCCCUUCAGAAUAAAGCUUCUGUAAAUGCUGAAGUAGUUUUUGUGAAAGAAAAACAUGAGAAUAAUAAAUUUCAACCUUGGAGUUCACUAAUUUGAAUAGUAGCAACUGUGUUUGGAACAAGAUUUCAAGAUAUUUCAGAUCGGUUGGGCUUUGGUUUCCCUUUGGCAUGAGUAUAGAGAUUGAAUUUUGGUUAUUAUAUGAUGGCUGGAAAGGUAGAAAUAACAUGAAGGAGUGAUCUGAAGAAAAAGAUGCAUUGAUUGCCUAUAAUGGUGCCAAUAACCUAUUAUCUUCUUUAUUGAUAUGGUUAUGAGAUUUUGCUGGAGAAACCUUAAUGUAAGUUUUUUCAUUGUUCUUAUUUUGGAACUCAAAAUUUUACCGCAGUUACUUGCGUGAAACUUUUUUUAUUUAAGCAACCACCUAUUAGAAAAUGGAACAAAUUGUGCUUCUUAUUUUCAUAUUUAAAAUUUAUGAGGUGUCCAGAUUUUCCUGCUUCUGGAUAUUUUACUGGUGUUUAUGAGAUUGUGAAUUUCACUUAUUGGUGGAUAAUUUGCUUCUUCAAUAGAUAAGAUGGAAAUCUUUCAGCAACAUAAAAUAUGAAUGGUCGGUUC